AUGAGGCUGGCACCGAGGGAGAUCGAGAAGAUCAGGCUGCACAAUGUCGGCUUCCUUGCGCAGAAGCGCUUGGCUAGGGGCACCAGGCUCAACCUCCCGGAGUGCGUCGCUCUCAUCGCGACUCAGUUGCUUGAGUUCAUCAGGAAUGGGGCGAGCGUGGCGGAGCUUCAGGACACCGGCCGGAAGAUGCUCGGGCAUCGACAGGUGAUGCCUGGCGUUGCCUCGGAGAUGAACGAGGUGCAGGUGGAGGGAACCUUUCCGGAUGGCACCAAGCUCGUCACCAUCCAUGUCCCCAUCUGCAAGGAGAACGGUGACCUCGCUCUCGCCCUCCAGGGAUCAUUCUUGCCAGUGCCCGACCUCUCCGUCUUCAGAGAUUCCGAGGGGGAGACCAUUAGCCUGGGCGAGGUGCUCACUCCAGAAGGCGAGCAGCUCGAGAUUAACAAAGGCAGGCCCACGCUAUCCCUCAGCGUCACGAACAUGGGCGAUCGCCCCAUUCAGGUCGGGUCUCACUUCCACUUCGUGGAGACGAACAAGGAGUUGCGCUUCGACCGCCGCAGGGCCUACGGAAAACGCCUCCACAUCCUCGCCGGCACGGCCGUCCGGUUCGAGCCUGGAGACACGAAGACCGUCACCCUUGUGGACAUCGCUGGGAAUCGCGUCGUCAGGGGGGGCAACGCGCUGUGCGAUGGGCCCGUGGACCCCGCGGCAUGGGACGGCAUCAUGGAGAAGAUCGUUGCGGAAGGAUUUGGACACCAGGAUGAACCCGGUAGCAUGGAGGACGAGGGGGCCAAAACGACCGUUAGUCGGGCAAACUACGCGGCCGUGUUCGGACCGACGACGGGUGACGUCGUGCGCCUCGCGGACACCGACCUUUAUGUGCGGGUGGAGUCGGACUACACCGUGUACGGUGAUGAGUGCAAGUUCGGGGGCGGCAAGGUGCUGAGGGAGGGGAUGGGGCAGGCCACCGGCGUGGGGGCCGCGGAAGCGCUGGAGACCGUCAUCACCAACGCUCUCGUGCUGGACCACACGGGCAUCUUCAAAGCGGACGUGGGCAUGAAGGGCGGGCUCAUCUCCGGCCUGGGCAAGGCCGGCAACCCCGACGUCAUGGAGGGAGUUACCCCCGGCAUGACAGUUGGGGUGAACACCGAGGUUAUUGCUGGCGAAGGCUUGAUCAUUACCACCGGAGGGAUGGACGCCCACGUUCACUUCAUCUGCCCUCAGAUCUGCGACGAGGCGAUCGCAUCGGGACUGACGACCCUCUUGGGAGGAGGGACGGGACCCGCCACGGGGACGAGAGCAACCACCUGCACCCCGCACCCCUCUCACAUGAAGAUGAUGCUCCAAUCCACGGACGCUAUCCCGAUGAACUUCGGCUUCACGGGCAAGGGGAACACCUCCAAGCCGGAGGGGCUCAAGGAGAUCGUGGAGGCCGGUGCGGUGGGCCUCAAGCUGCACGAGGAUUGGGGCACCACCCCCGCCGCGAUCGACUGCUGCCUCACGAUCGCGGAGGAAACCGACAUUCAGGUCACGAUUCACACCGACACGCUAAACGAGUCGUGCAGCCUGGAGGGCUCCGUGGCUGCCUUCAAGGGCCGCACCAUCCACACGUACCACAGCGAAGGGGCGGGCGGGGGGCACGCGCCCGACAUCAUCGCCGUCUGCGGGGAGCCGAGUGUCAUCCCGUCCUCCACGAACCCGACCAGACCGUAUACGACCAACACCAUCGACGAGCACCUGGACAUGCUGAUGGUGUGUCACCACCUGGACAAGGGGGUACCCGAAGACGUAGCCUUCGCCGAGAGCCGCAUCAGGGGGGAGACGAUCGCUGCGGAGGACAUCAUGCACGACAUCGGGGCCAUUAGCGCCAUGUCAUCUGACUCCCAGGCCAUGGGCAGGGUGGGCGAAGUGAUCACUAGGACAUGGCAGACAGCGGACAAGAUGAAGAAGCAGCGUGGUCAGCUUGACGAGGACAAGGCGGCCGAUGAAGCUUCCGCGUGGACCCCUGAGGGAGUGACAACCGACAACUUCCGAGUACGGCGGUACCUGGCGAAGUACACCAUCAACCCCGCACUCGCGCACGGCAUGUCGCACCUGCUGGGAUCCGUCGAGACCGGAAAGCUAGCCGACCUCGUUCUCUGGAAGCCUUCCCUCUUCGGCGCGAAGCCCGAGAUGAUCCUCAAGGGGGGCCAGGUGGCGUGGUCACAGAUGGGGGACCCCAACGCCUCCAUCCCUACCCCUGAGCCUGUAGAGAUGCGGGUCAUGUUUGCCGGGAAGGAGGGGACCGGGGCGGCGGCCGGGUGUUCGGUGGCCUUCGUGAGCGGGCCGAGUCUUGCGGAGGGGGGCCCGGUCGCGGGCUACGGGCUCAAGAAGAGGGUGGAGGCCGUCAAGGGGUGCCGUGGGGUGGGCAAGAAGGACAUGAAACUGAACGACAAGCUGCCCAAGAUGACUGUGGAUCCGGAGACCUACGAGGUGCGGGCGGACGGCGAGCUGUUGACGUGCAAACCGGCCGACACGCUGCCCCUCGCCCAGAAGUACUUCCUGUUCUAGAACCGUUUCGGACAAAAUGCGGAGGAAAUUGGAGAUGUAUUAGUUUAACGGCACCACUGCUGUCGGGCACGCUUCAUCACCUGCCCGAGGGACGUUUUUUUUCUUUUACUGAGGAACGUUUGGAGAAACUGUUUUCUUUCCUCCAUGGAAAAAGAAGGAGGAAUGUUCCGAGAUUAUUUUUCUCGUUUCGGUUCAGUUUCCCCUGGUGAAAAAACACGUGAGCACGGCGGCUAAGCCUUUCACUAUCCCGCAGAAGUAUCACGGUACAGGGCACGUCUGUUCCCGCUUCGUGUAUUUCGUUGCGCGAUGACGACAGCAACACCUGUGGGGAUGUUUUUUUUUUCCGUUGUCAACGAGUGGAGUGUUUUUUCCGGGCCGGAUAUAGCCGUAGUAUUACCAGUCCGUUGGAACCGAGA